AUGGUUUCAACUCUUGUUCAAAAUUUACAAAAUGACACAUUAACAUUGUUAAAUGAAUGUUCAGCAAACUUGAUAGCUACGGACGGAGUUUUAAAUCGAUAUACACCAAAAUGUCAAGACCAAAAUAUUCAUCCAAAAGAUCAUGAAAUCCCCGUAAAAGUACAUGUUUAUUCACUUGAAACUGCAAUGACAAAUGUUAGAAGUUUAGAAUUACGCAUGUCUAUUGUGGGUACGAUGAAAGCGGGUAAAUCGACUACAUUGAAUGCUAUUAUUGGUAGUGACCUAUUGCCAUCCAGAAAUACAGCAAUGACAGCAGUUCCCACAGAAAUUGUUUUUAAACAAAAUGUAUCAGAGCCACAUUUAAUAUUAGAAUCAGAUCUUGUACGUGGUCUUCAACAAUUGUGUGAAAACAUUAAACUAAAAACAAAGUCCGAUUCUGGUGACAAAGGGUUGAAAAAAGAGUUAGAUAAUCAAGAUCAUUUGUAUAGAACAUUUGAGAAAAUAGUCAACGAUGAUACGCCAACAUUUGAAACUACAACAACAAAAAAAGAGAAAAUAACAGAAUUAUUAACAUUUAUUAAUGAUCUUAUUCGUAUAUCAAGUAUGCUUAGUAUUGAUACUCCAAUUAAUCUCGAUUGUGUACCUCGUAUUGAAGUACCAGUUUUACUUAAUAGCGAUACAUUAUCAGGAACAAAUCCGUUUUCAUAUGAAGGUAGUUUAGUUAUCGUUGAUACACCAGGGCCAAAUGAACAACAUUUAUCAGCUCAUUUAAAAGAAGUUAUAUCAAAAGAAUUAAAGAAAGCGGCAUUAGUUAUGAUAGUAUUUGACUUUUCAAAUUUGAAUUCGAAAGCUGAACAUGAAAUAACAAAUGAAGUAAAUGCGAUACGUAAGAGUAAACUAUACGGUACUCAAGAAAAAAAUAAAAAUAAUAAUAACUUAUAUGCAUUAAUCAAUAAAGUAGAUCAGCGCGAUGAAGAUAAAGAUAUGUCAGCUUCUGAUACAAAGAAAUGGAUUUCAACUAAAUUUAACAUUGAUGAACACAAAGUAUAUGAAACAUCAUCAAAAAAUGCAUUAUUAGCUCGUUCAUUUCUUACCGAGUAUCAGAUGAUCAAAGAAAAUGCUUUAUCGAAAGUAACAACAGAGAAAGAUGCUAGUAAUAUUACGCAUGAAACAUUAAUUGAGGAGACAAAAACAUAUCGACAAUUCAUUAAACAUGGGGGAGCUCUAUUAGAAAAGCACUUGAAAAAAAUGUCUGUUAAUGAUUUACUUGAAGAAGCCGAUGAAGUAUGGCAAGGUUCAGGUUUUACUGCUUUCUUAAAAAAUAUAAUAACAGAAACAAUGAAAGUUGUUGCACCUGAUUGUUUAUGUCGUGCAUUGAAAGAAUGUAGAUCAUAUACACAAGAAUAUUAUGAAAAAAUUUUAUUUCGGCAACGUGGUUUGAAUAUUGAAACAAAUGACUUACAUCGUGAACUAGAUAAAUUAAAUAAUGAAAAAGCUGAAAUAGAUAAAUGUCAAAAAGCACAAAUACGUAUGUUAGAUGACUUUAUAUCAUCCCUUCUUUAUCGUUUAUCACAUGCUUUUCAAUAUGCAACUAAAGCUGGAAUAGCUGAAGUAGAUAAGAUGUUUAGUAUGCAGGUUGGAAGUAAUAUUAACACAAAUAAUGAUUCUAAUUCGUCAAUAGUAUGGCCAUCUACUUGGACAAGUAUGCUAAAAAAAUUAAAUUUACGUGAUCAAACGAUAACAUUUUCUAGUCGCUACGAGGCCCAAAAUUUUACAAAUCAAAUAUUUGAUAAUAUACAAAAAAUAAGUGAACAAAUAUCAUUUAAAACCUGUGAAGACAUUAAAAAAGAAUUAGAUAAUACAUGCAAAGUUGUGGAAGAACGUAUAGAUAAAGAAACAGACAUCAUAAGUAGACGUAUUGGCACACGUUUAUCGGCAACAUACAAAAUGCCUGUUCACUUACCAGCAAUUAAUGAUAAAAAGGUGGAUUAUUCUAGUUUCUAUCAAAGCAUUGACGAAAAGAAACAAGAAAUACUUUUUCGACCAUGGUAUUUAUUAUGGUUAGUUGAGAAAAAAAUUGAAUUAAAAGUAGCAGAAGUAUCAAUACUACACAUAAAACAAAAAUCUCGUGAUAUGUUACGACAAAAUUUUACGGCACUAGAAAAGGAAAUCGGAAGUUUUGUUAAUAAAGAUGUACAACAAACAUUUGACGUCCAUUAUAAAACAAUGAAUGCAAUUAUUGCAAAUUAUAUAUCCAGUAUUGAAGAUACAUUAAACGAUAAAUUUAAAAUGAGGGAAGGUGGAAAAAAUUUUAUUAAAGAACGAGAACAAUUUGAUAAUGAUUUAAAACUAGCUGCAGAUAAAUCAAACAAAAUUUUAAACGAUAUAAAUCACUGUCUUGAUAGAGUUGCAACAUCGUUUGUUGACUAUCGUGCACACAACCAUGGCUUGACGCAUGAACUAAUAUCAUACCGGUAA